AUGACAGGAUCCGGUGCCGAGCAAGACCGCUUCGGCGGCUGGUUCGGAGGCAAUAAAGCCGACCAGGUAAAGGACGCCGCACAACAGCAUCUACCAAAGACAUCCGGGGCUGAACAGGACAGACUUGGUGGCUGGUUCAGCGGAGACAAGGCCGACAAGGUUCAGUCGGCACUACACGAGCACUUGCCAAAGACCUCAGGCGCGGAGCAGGAUCGCUAUGGAGGGUACUUUGGUGGAGGUCAGGCCCGAGAGGCUAAAGAAUAUAUACAACAACAUUUGCCACAAACCUCUGGUGCUGAGCAAGACAGAUACGCCCACUGGCUGGGCGAAGGUCAAGCGACACAGCUCAAAGAUGCUGUGAAGGAGCAUCUUCCCAAGACUUCUGGUGCCGAACAAGACCGUUACGGUGGUUGGUUUGGUAGCGGACAAGCUGAUCAGGCCAAGGAAACCUUCCAGAGACAUAUUCCAAAGACAUCCGGAGCCGAGCAGGAUCGAUAUGGAGGGUGGUUCGGCGGGGACAAACUGCCGUCACGGGCCGAAGUGGAGAGAAAUCUACCCACGGGCUCUGGUGCAGAACAAGAUCGCUUCGGCGGAUGGUUUGGCGGCCACAAAGGCCCAUCGGCUCAGCAAAUCCGUGAUAAACUACCUCACGCCUCUGGCGCCGAACAAGAUCGCUUCGGAUCUCAUUUCCAUGUCGGCAAUGGCCACUACCUCGGUACCACCACCGUUGGUCUCCUGCAGGCUACUGUGCUCCCAUCGUUUGGUCUUCACACCGGUUUGGGAGCUAUCGCUUACGGUAUCGGACGCUACACGGACAGGGCUGAGGCCAAAGAUUGGCUCUGGCCUAGCGGUCAAGUUGCGAAUGCUUGGUGGUCUGCUAUAGGUGUCCCCGUGGUUUAUGGUGGUUUGUCCGUGUCUGCCGCAUGGGCCGCCUUGAGCUAUGAUCAAAAGCUUUUGCUUACUGGCGUCAGCGCUUGGGGUGUACGUCUCUUCUAUCGCAUUGUCUCGCGCAGUCUGAGACGCGGCGAGGACGACGCUCGUUACGUGACGGUCAAGAAAGAGGACCCUGGCUUCUGGAACAAGGCCAUCUACACCUUGUUCCUACCUGAAGCUGUCGUACAGACCUUGAUUUCGCUACCUUUUGUUCUUCCAUUCCGCGCGCCCGUGUCCAGCUCUCAGUCAUCAUUGAGUCUUGGCCCGUCGGCCAUUUCUCACAGUCUGGCUGUGUUCCUCUUUGCGCUCGGCUACUCUGCGGAGAUCCUCGCAGACUGGCAGCUGGAAAGUCACGUUCAGACCACGGAUAGCACGACUUUGAACCGCUCUGGCGUUUGGAGCGUUGUCCGCCACCCCAACUACCUCGGUGAUGCUCUCUGUCACUUCUCUUUCUCUGUCCUGGCGGCUAGUGCUGGACUUCUUCACCCGCUCGCUGCCCUCGGUCCGGUCAUCAACUAUGCCUUCCUGCGCAACAUUGGCGGCGACAAGCAGAACGAGGAAUAUCAGGAGGCUCGCUACGCUAAAGAGAACCCGGCCAAGUACCAGCAACUGCAGGACUAUAAGCGGACCAAGAACAGCUUUUGGCCCCGCGUAGAGGAAUUCGGCAAUAAGUGGCUUUGGGCUGUCGUCGGUGCGGGAGCCGCUGGUGUGGUGCUCGAGCAGUCAUUCGCCAACGCCUUCGCACGGUAA